AUGAAAGUGUGCCGGCGAAAGGCUCUGGCGCUGUGCCUGGGAUACGCGGUCCUGCUGGUCCUCGCCGCUCUCAACCUGCUGGAAUAUAAGUGGCGGCGGGGGCCGCGGCGCUGCGGGGAGCCCCCGACCGCCCCACGCCACCGACCCCCGCCGCCCCCGCCGCCUCCUGCCGGGAGUCGUGGUCCGCCGGGCGCCCGGCGGCAGCUGGUAUAUGUCUUCACUACUUGGCGCUCGGGUUCAUCCUUCUUUGGGGAGCUCUUCAAUCAGAACCCCGAGGUCUUUUUCCUCUACGAGCCAGUGUGGCACGUCUGGCAGAAGCUGUACCCCGGGGACGCGGUCUCGCUGCAGGGGGCGGCCCGCGACAUGCUGAGCUCCCUGUAUCGCUGCGACCUUUCCGUCUUCCAGCUCUACAGUACGGCGGGCGCCGGCAAGAACCUCACCACGAUGGGCAUCUUUGGGGCGGCCACCAACAAGGUCAUCUGCUCCUCGCCCCUCUGCCCGGCCUACCGCAAGGAGGUGGUGGGCAUGGUGGAUGAUCGGGUGUGCAAGAAGUGUCCCCCGCAGCACCUCAGCCGCUUCCAGGAGGAAUGCCACAAGUAUCAUACGUUGGUCAUCAAGGGUGUUCGCGUCUUCGACCUGGCCGUGCUCGCCCCGCUCAUGCGCGAUCCAACCCUGGACCUCAAAGUCAUCCACCUGGUGCGAGAUCCCCGGGCCGUCGCCAGCUCCCGCAUCAAGUCCCGGCAUGGACUCAUCCGGGAAAGCCUGCAGGUGGUGAGGAGCCGGGACCCCCGCAUCCACCGCAUGCCAUUCCUUGAUGCAGGCCACAAGCUGGGUGUAAAGAAGGAGGGAGGUGGCGGCUCAGACUACCAUGCCCUGGGUGCCAUGGAGGUAAUCUGCAGCAGUAUGGCCAAGACCCUGCAGACUGCUUUGCACCCCCCCGACUGGCUCCAGGGCAACUACAUGGCCGUGCGCUAUGAGGACCUGGUGGUUGAACCCAUCAAGACCCUGCGGCAGGUGUAUGGGUUUGUCAACCUGUCGGUCAGUCCAGAGAUGGAGAAGUUUGCCCUCAACAUGACCAGUGGCCCUGGCUACUCCUCCAAGCCUUUUGUGGUGUCAGCCAGGAAUGCCACUCAGGCACUGAGUGCCUGGAGGACUGCACUCAGCUACCAGCAGAUCAAGCAGGUUGAGGAGUACUGCCACCAACCCAUGGCCCUUCUAGGCUACGAGAAGGUCGGCAGCCCUGAAGAGGUGAAGGAUCUCAGCAGAAUGUUGCUCAGGAAGCCACGGCUGUGA